AUGUUCGCGCGUUGCAAAGGCCCGAUAUGGCACUAUGACGACCUCUCGUCAUGUUUUCAGCGCGACUAUCUUCAGACACUCUUUCCGCUAAUAGCCUGCGCUAUAUCCGUUCUCUACCUUUCCUAUCAAAUCUACAGUGCCGCACGACUUUCAAAAAACACCCACCACAGCUAUGCGCAGCUCAAAGAUCACGGCGCAUUAAUACAUAUCGACGAGGAGGGCGACCUUAGUGGUCUGUCUUCCGAGGCCACCCUAGACGUAGAAGAGGAGGAUGACAACGAGUCGGAAACAACACUGCCUCAAAUGGCACGCGGCCCAGGAAAAUCCGGAUCAGUGUCGCUGGCAGAAGCGACCAUUCACAAACCCAGAGGCGAACGAUUGCUGGUCCUGACAGAGGAGGUUGCGGUACUAGCGGUUCUGGGAAUCCAUCUAGCUGGGUUGAUCCUGAAUACAUGGGGGCACAAGAGCAGGAUCGCAGCCAUCACUGGCGUGGUGACUUGGGUUUACAUCGCUCUGUUGACUUCUUCACGCCUACUCCUUCCGAGCAGCUCGACGUUCUCAUUCUCGAAAGUGUGGUACCAUACGGCAUUUCUAUACUGCUUCGAGUGGAUGUUCGUCAUCUUUCCAUUUCGCUCGGAAAUCCUCCACCCACGAUCGCAGCUGGCUCAGACGUUUAUGAUCGUUCACUUUGCACUCAUCUCGCUCUUGUCGUUGAUCUCCCUCAAUUCCCGACGAGGCAACAAAAUUGUCGUUUUGCAAUACGAAGGCAACAUUCCUCCAUCGAGGGAGCCGUUGGCUAGCAUCUUCUCCUUGGCGACGUUUUCGUGGAUUGACCCUGUCAUCUGGACUGGAUACACCAAAGUUUACGAGAUGGAAGAUGUUUGGAAUUUGGUCCCGAAGGACAAGGCGGCCGCUAUUCUCGACGACUACCGGCAGUUCACGAAGACUUCGGCUUUGGCAUACCACCUUUUAUCUUACAACAAGAGGGCACUCAUUACGCAAGGUCUAUGGGCAGUCAUUUCUGGCGUCAUUACAUUCGUUCCGACACUCCUUCUCAAGGCAAUCCUGGAAUACGUCGAAGAUCCCAAAUCUACGCCUCGCAAUGCUGCCUGGCUCUAUGUGAUUUUGCUAUUUGCUUCUGGUGCAAUCAAUGCCAUUUCCAGCGGGCAAGCUCUUUGGAUCGGAAGGAAAGUCUGCAUUCGGUUGCGCGCAAUCAUCAUUGGUGAGAUUUACGCCAAAGCCUUGCGUCGUCGUACAGCUGCCACUUCAGAUAAGAUUCUCGGUGACGAGGCAGACAAGAAGACCGCAAGCGAGAGCACCAAGGGAUUUUUCAACAAGAUCUUUGGCCGCAAGGCAAAGAAGCAAACCCCGGAGGACAAGGCCAAAGCUGACGCUGCUCAAAAGACGGCAGACGAGUCUCAGGUCACUUCUGGUGCAAUCAUCAAUCUGAUGGCCGUCGACUCGUCCAAGAUCUCAGAAAUCUGCGCCUACCUGCAUUUCCUCUGGGCUGAGACGCCCGUGCAAUUUGCACUUGCCAUCUACCUCUUGUACAAAAUCCUGGGAGCCAGCAGCAUCGUGGGCCUUGUUAUGAUGGCACUCUUGUUGCCUGUCAAUAUGAUCAUCGCCAAUCAAUUUUCCAGAACUCAGAAGCGAAUUCUUGCAGCCACCGACGCCCGAAUCCACACCACCAACGAGGUCCUCACAAAUAUUCGCAUCAUCAAGUAUUUCGCCUGGGAGCAACGUUUCCUCGCCAACAUCGACGAGAAGCGUCGCGAGGAGUUGAAGCAUCUGCGCUACCGAUACAUCGUUUGGGCGACAGCUGCGACCAUUUGGUCGUCUGCACCCGUGAUCAUCACGUUGCUCACUUUCCUCUUCUACACUGCGGUCGAGAAGAAGCCCCUCGUUCCGUCAAUAGCUUUCACUGCGCUCUCGCUGUUCAGUCUGCUGCGGAUUCCGUUGGAUCAGCUGGCAGACAUGGUCGCUCACGUUCAAGAAGCCAAGAUUUCGGUCGAUCGUCUGGAGGAAUAUCUCGCUGAGCCAGAAACGGAGAAGUACACGCAACUUCAGAAGAAAUUUGACGAGGACAACGAGCCAAUCGUUGGAUUCGACCAAUGUACCUUCAGCUGGGGCAGCCACGAAGAAACUGACGACGAUUUCAAACUUAUUGAUCUGGAUAUGCGUUUCGCUGUCGGUCAGCUCAACGUCAUUGUUGGACCUACUGGCUGUGGCAAGACUUCGUUGCUUCUUGCGCUGUUGGGUGAAAUGACGCAGCUUGAAGGAUCAGUGUACCUUCCAGGAGGUCGCAGCCGAGACGAUCUUGUGGAAAACCCUGCGACCGGUCUUACCGAGAGUGUAGCUUAUUGUGCACAACAAGCUUGGUUGAUCAACGGCACUAUCAAGGACAACAUCCUCUUUGCCAGCAAGUGGGAUGCGAGGAGAUACAAGCAAGUCAUCGUCGCAUGCUCCCUACAGCGUGAUCUGGAGAUCCUCGACGGUGGUGAUCAGACUCUGGUCGGAGAGAAGGGAGUCACCCUCUCCGGUGGUCAGAAGCAACGUAUCAGCUUGGCUCGUGCGCUCUACAGCCGCGCCCGUCAUGUCAUUAUGGACGAUGUUCUCAGCGCUGUUGAUGCACACACCUCAAAAUGGAUAUUCGACAAGGCGCUGAUGGGUCCCUUGAUGCAUCACCGUACUUGUAUCCUCGUCACUCACAACGCAACUCUUGUCCUUCCGCAUGCCGAAUUUGCCGUCGUCAUGGAGAACGGCCGAAUCGCUGCUCAGGGAUCUGCCAACGAAGUCAUCAACUCUGGUAAGCUGGCAGAAGAUCUGUCCAAAUUCGAAUCGCGACCUGGCUCUCGCCACGCUUCUACUCUUCCAUCACGAGUCCCAUCUGAUAUCGGGGGCGACAAUCCUAUGAGUGAGACUCUGGUCGAGGAGGAGCCGGCUACUGCCUUCACGGAGAUUCCCGACACGCUUUCUGGUGGCCCGCUCACCAAGGUCAUUUCCAAGGAUGUUCCAGGCAUGAACUCUGCUGCAGACGUGAUUUUGUCCGACGAGGCCAAAGCCACUGGCAGCGUCAAAUUAUCUGUCAUUCUCGGCUACCUGAGAUACAUGGGAGGUCCUGUCUACUGGACCAUCUGCUUGUCUAUGUUCGCACUCCAACAAGUCUCUCAAGUUUCCACGAAUUGGUGGAUCAGGCAAUGGGCUAACCAGUACAGUCGAUACGAGUCGACUGUUUCAACCUCUGCCCUCUACAACACUUCCACUUUGAACUACCUGAGAGGAACUGUGGGUGGAUCAUACAACUGUCUCCGUAGCGGAUCGUGUGCUUGGGAAGGACUUUUCGUUCAGCAGCCAAUGGAUGUCUCGAUGAACAUCAGCAAGUCACAUGAAAUUGUGAACAAUUCCUACUUCCUGGGAAUUUAUGCAGCGUUGGGCUUCGCAUUCAUGGUCAUUACGCUACUCAGAGAAGGUGUCCUGUUCGGUGGCUCACUUCAAGCAUCCUCACGCAUUCAUCGCAAGCUCAUGACCUCUGUCACUCACGCUCGGUUCCGCUUCUUUGAUUCGACUCCGCUCGGCCAGAUCAUGAACCGCUUCUCCAAGGAUAUCGAGGCCAUUGAUCAAGAAGUUGCGCCCUGCGCAGUGGGUGUCGUGCACUGCCUGUUCUCGAUCUUGACCAUCGUCACGUUGAUCUCAGUCAUCACACCAGCGUUCCUGAUCGCUGCCGUGUUCAUCUCCGUCUUGUAUUUCCUCAUCGGCAAGUUGUACAUCAGCGCUUCUCGCGAUCUCAAACGAUUGGACUCGGUCCAACGAAGUCCGUUGUACCAACAAUUUGGCGAGACUCUUUCGGGAAUGACGACAAUUCGUGCUUACGGCGAUGAGCGACGCUUCAUUCGGGAGAACGAGCAGCGUAUCAACACUCACUCUCGACCUUUCCUCUACUCUUGGGCAGCGAACCGGUGGUUGGCGUUCCGUGUGGAUAUUGUCGGCGCAUUGGUCUCCUUCUUCAGCGGAAUGUUUGUCAUCAUCAGUGUUGGCAGAAUUGACGCUGGAGCUGCAGGUCUGGCCAUGUCCUACGCCGUCACCUUCACCGAGAACGUGCUGUGGUUUGUCCGUCUGUACGGGGCAAAUGAGCAGAACAUGAACUCUGUCGAACGUGUCAAGGAGUAUCUCGAUGUCGAGCAGGAAGCUCCUCAGAUCAUCAACGAGAACCGACCGGAGCCCAGCUGGCCGAGUCAUGGUUCCGUCGAGUUCAUCAACUACAGCACUCGUUACCGCAAGGACUUCGACUUUGUGCUCAAAGAUAUCAGCUUCAAGAUUCUUCCGGGUGAAAAGGUCGGUGUGGUCGGACGCACUGGUGCAGGAAAGAGCUCACUCGCUUUGGCUUUGUUCCGUGCCCUUGAGGCUGAGGAAGGCCAGAUCCUCAUCGACGACCUCGACAUUGGAAAGAUCGGUCUCCAGGAUCUCCGCGAGAACAUUGUCAUGGUUCCUCAGGAUCCGACAUUGUUCACUGGCACUAUUCGCAGCAAUUUGGACCCAUUCGGCCUCUUCACCGAUGAGGAGAUCUUCACUGCCCUGCGCAAAGUCCAACUCAUCGGCCCAGCCACUGGCGCUGACUCCUCGCCCGGCACACCCGUGAGCUCCACGUUCCCCAAAUCCGCACAAAUCACACCCUUCCCAAAAUCCAGCUCCGACAACCAACCCGCCCGCGCCUCCUCCAUAUCAUCCGCCUCAUCCGCCGACACCUCCUCCCCGACACGCCACACCGAAAACAAAAACAUCUUCCGCAACCUCCUCAGCCCCGUCAGCGAGUCCGGCAGCAACCUCUCCCAAGGCCAACGCCAACUCCUCUGCCUCGCCCGCGCCCUACUCAAAACCCCCAAAGUCCUCCUCAUGGACGAAGCGACCGCGUCCAUCGACUACGCCACCGAUUUCAAAAUCCAGGACACCAUCCGCGAGAUCAAGAACACGACUUUGACUAUCGCCCAUCGUCUCCAGACUAUCAUCGAUUACGACAAAGUCCUAGUGCUGGACCGCGGGAGGGUCGUCGAGUGGGGCUGUCCUAAGGAACUACUUGAGAAGGAUGGGAAAAACUCCGAUGGCGAAGUCGUUCUCGAGAACAUGGGCGUCUUUAGGGGUAUGUGUGAGAUGAGCGGCGAUCUGGAAAUCCUCAUCAAGGAGGCGGAGAAGGCGGAAGCCAAGCGGAGGAAACCUACUGCGUAA